GGGCGAACGGCAUGGCGGAUUGCCGACUGUCAACGUGAGGAUCUCGUUGUAGCUCGAGUUAAAACAGUCGUACCAGGGAUAUCAGAAAACGUCUCAACUGAUGCCUAAUACCCAGUCAUGAGUUCAGGAAAUAAGGCAGGACAGGGAUCUGCAUCUCACCAUGGUAACACAAGCUCCUCCCACACAUCAUCCUCAACUGCCAGAAACUCCUUUAUCCAAUGGUUCACCACGGAAAUCCAACAGAUGAUGCAUGGAUUUGGAGAUAGCAGACGGCCUCUGCUAGAUUCUGCCAUGUUGGUGGAGGAAUUGGUUCAUCAGCAAAUGACAACAAUUGCCCAGCAAGCUGCUGGUGUGGCCAUGAGUAGGAAUGCAAGAUUCAUCGGCAUUGAAGACUUUCUCUUUUUGCUGCGGAAGGAUAAGGUGAAGCUGCGACGCUUGUUGCGCUAUAUGAUGCUGAAGGAUAAGACAGCUACAUUAAAGUCAUCACAAGAUGAAGAGGAAGGGAAUGAAACAGGAGAAAAGUUAUCUCAGCCAUUAAAGAAGAGAACUAAGAUGUGCCAGGACUUUCUGUCUAACAUUGACCAGACUGGUGAACUGGUUGCACUAUUUGAGGACGAUGGUUUGGAUGAAGUCAAACAUGACCGCCUUCUUAGAGCAGAGUUGCUGACACGUUCUAUGACCCCAACCCAGUACCUGGAAUUCUGUGAAGCCAGACAAGUUACUUUUUGUAGAAAAUUCAAGUCUCACCGUUUCAAAGAGUGGCUGUUGACAGGGCUACACUUAGAAGUCAAACCUAAUGCUUUAGCGCUGGAGGUUCUCAGCUACCUAGCUUAUGAAACUGUUGCCCAGAUAGUGGACCUGUCUUUGCUGGUGAAGCAGGAUCAGAGUAAAUGUGUGGAAGAACCUGUGUCUGCCAGCCUACCCACCAUCUGUAUGAACUACCAAGAUACUGUCCAAUUUCCUGCUGGUAGUAGUCCUCCCUCCACCCCAACCCAGUCAUCAGUGAAUAGUGGCGGGUCAAACCCUGCCAGUCACCAGUCCUCACAGAGCAGUCACAGCUCAACCAAUGCUCCUCACUCCAGCAGCAAGAACCAUCCAAGAAGAGAAAAAGGUAGGUGGCAGGUCUUUCAAAGUUGCUUAAGUUUCCAUUGUUGUUUUUCGUUUUUCAUUUGUGCUUUAUUCGGAGUUACUAACCAGGGUAGUGGAGUAUCCACUGUGCUGGAAUGGUCAGCCUCCAAUACAAUUCUGCCUAGUGAUAUACGAGAGGCAAUGAGGAGAUACAGCCACUGUUUUGGUCCGUUCUCUGGACUGACGAAAAGAGACUUCUCUUCAGAACCUCUAUCCAAGUUACUGUGCUGUUAA